UAAAUAUGAAGAGAGUGAGAGGCCAUGUCUGAAGGAUGAGUUCAGUGUACAAACCCCCGGCUGUGCCUCCUGAGAAGGUGACAGCAGUCAACCAUGAGUUUGCCAGGCUGUAUGAAGGAGGUGGUAGUGUGAGGACCCUCGAAGGAAGAAUGGACAGAGGACAGGUUAGUGACGCGGCGGGCGGCACACGUGCAGCUCCUGCCUUCAAGUCUCCGUCCGGCCGCGUGCUCUACAAACCCUCGCCAGUCGCCAAACUCAUCGCGGCCAUGCGGCAGAAAAAGACGCUGGAAGAGAUGGAAGAGAUCAUGGCCCCGGAGACAGCCGGGUUAGAUCGCUCCUGUCUGACUGCACCAGGUUUACAGAAUGUCUCGUCGAGGGAUGAAAACAAGGAAAACAUGACCAGGAACCUUGACAGUGAAGGCAGGCCCAGCGCUGAAGUAAACGAAAGUGAUGAGCAACAAAAACAGACGAAAGAGUCCCAAAAAGACCCCGAACAAGAACCCAAAGAGUCGCAGAAAGAUCUGGAACAAGAUCCCGUCGCUGAAGCGGCGAACGCGGCGGGUUCCAGAGUUCGAGAAGGGCGGGAACGGCCGACCGCGGCGGGGCGGAAACAGAAGGUCAUGACCUGGCUGGACUCUCACGAGGAGAUGUUACAGCAGCACGACCCCGCUGACCUCAUCGUGACCCCGCCCGCCGCGGGACCAGCUGUCCAUGUGGGCCAUGUCCGCGAUAGCACGGAAGAAACAAGCAGCCAGGAACAGGGUCAUGACAACAUGGAUGACACAGAAAGCGAUGAUGAUACCGUCAAGAUGAACGAGACAGACGGAACCGUUCAGGACACUGCUGAGAACAGGCAUCAUGAGCAGGAGGGAGACACGGACUCCAACAUGGCGGAUAAUGAAGAGGGCGUGGUUGGGACAGUUGAGGAAGAAACACCUGAGGCAGACCGACAGGACAGGGACGGGGAGGGAGGACAGGAGAUGGAACAGCCCAUCAACAUGGCUGAAAAUGAUGACAUGGGUGGGGAGGAGGGGAAGGAGAUGGAACAGCCCACCAAUGACAGACUUUCACAGAGUAUCGCCUGGGCAGAUAACAUAGACAACAUGUCAGUUGACACUACAUGUACAUCAGAACAAGAGAAAUCAGCAGCCACACACUUGAAGAAAGCUACUACAAUGAAGCCUUUCAAGGAGCAUGUUUUAUACAACUGGUUCAUCAAACCAGUGAGGAAGUCUACAGACAUUGUGGUGGAGGGCCAUCGCAAACAGGACCCGGAGCACCAGUUCUGGCACAGUACCGCAAUCGUGAAGAGGGUGACAUCACGGACAGUGGUGACUGGCAGUGGUACUGUGUACCAGCUGAGAGGAGUUGUUGACAGAGCUAUGGUACUAGAACAAGGGUUCCAUGUGAAAGUAGCGAGGGCCUUCAGAACUGGGUUUCCUGAGAACUGGAAGCAAGUCAUUGAGGACAAUGGCAACAGCACCUCAGAAAAACAAGGUCGAAGACAGAGUACCAAACAGGAUCACCCUAAAGUGAGAGAGUCACUUCCAUCCACAAGAGCUGCUGACACCCAGUCACCAGCGCUGCAAACUGUGCUGGGAUCCCUGAAGCGCUCGAGUAGCGGCCGCGUGGUGAAGCCCCGGAUGGCGUGGUGGGCCAACCAACGGGUGGUCGUGGAGAAGGACAACGUGAGGAUCCGCUGCAGUAGUGCCGACCAGCUGGCUCAGUCACCCGCCUUCCACAGCUUCACUACUGGCAAGGAACUGGUGGUACAAAGAGAUGACUUACAAGACAGCAGAUGUGGAACUCCAGACACUGUCAAGCGGCGUCCCACCAGCGUUGCCAGUCGACCAGUGAAGACCGCGGUGACAGAUCCCCAACCUGCCGAUCUGGGAGAUCCCCCCGCUGGAUCAGAUGGUCAGCGGGAUCCCCCGGAUCACACACCAGAGACGACGAGUGACCUACCCGUGACCAGGCUGGACCCCACUGUGGUUACUACAGAUAUCCUGUUGGACACUCCGGGGGCUCCUAAAAGUAGACAGGCACUCGGUACUGUGGGCAGCUCCAGGCUACUGAGGAACACAAGGACCAAGGGACCACCACAGGGUGUACCUGAAGACAUCCUCAACACACCUAAACCUACUCAUACUUUCCAGAAUUGCGAAAGUAUGGAGGAGGAUACAGACUGGACACCAGCUCGUGGGACUCGCCAGUCUGCUCGGCAGAAACCUCCUGGGCAAUCAGACGACGAAAAGAAAACAAAGACCGCUGAAAGCAAACAGAGUAGUGGUGAGCCAUACAGCAAUACAAGCAUCGAACAACAACCCUCUACAGGGAAACAGGUUGAAAAAGGAAGAAGGAGGGGGGGAAGACAAAAGAAAGAGGACUCAGUCAGCGAUGUACAGACAGCCGGUAACACGACCAGAAAAAGAGGGAGGCCAGCCCAGAAGAGAGAAACCGCCAACACAGAACAGCUGGAGAACACCGAGCCAAAAGUACCAAGCAGACAUUCAGUCAGCGAUGUACAGACAUCCAGUAACACGACCAGGAAAAGAGGGAGACCAGCUAAGAAGAGAGAAACCACCAACACAGAACAGCCGGAGAACACCGAGCCAAAAGUACCAAGCAGAUGUAACAGUCUCCAUGAAGAGGGCGAAAAUCAGGCCAAGGAAGCAGAGAAGAGGGGAGGGUCCCGGAGAGGCCGUGGCCGGAAACGAGCACAGUCCCUUGCUGGCAAACUAAACACAGUCACACCUCGAAAGUCACUCAGGCUUCAAGAUGCUGCUGCUUGCGAGAUUGAAGAAAAAAAGGAGGAACCCGCAGAGCAGCAAAGAGGCACUAAGAGGAAAGGUCGGCAGAACGUCAAAACGUCUGCAACUUCUCUCAACAGCAACGGGAGAAAAGAACAAGCAGAACUAACGCCAGUCCCUCCUCGCAAGUCACCCAGGGUUAAAGAUACUACUGCCUGCAAACCUGAUGAGAAAAAGGAGGAACCAACUGAGCAACGAAGAGGUAACAGGAAAGGUCAGCAAAAUGGCAAAAGCAAGGGGAAGAAAGAACAAGCUGAAGGUACGCCAAGUGAUACUGAACCGGAAAAGGACUCCCAGGAAGUUGUUGCUGGAAAAGCUCCUGAAACUGAAAACAAAGGAAGAAGACGUUACCAAAGAAAGAGGAAAGCUAAUAACAAGAAGACAGAGGAAGGAGGAGCAAGGCCUACUGUGCAAGUUGAUGAAGAUAAUAAGGAUAAGUGUGAAAGUGACCAGGAUGCACGGAAGUGUCAAAGAAAGAAGGCCAAGAACAAAAGUUCACCUGAAAACUCCAAAGAAAGGCAGGCAAGGGAACAGAGUAAAAAUGGUACUGAGACAUCGUGGACCCUGGAAGAAGAGAAGAAGCUCUACAGUGCCCUGAGCAGCAUAUCUGGUGAGGAUGAGUGUCUGUGGCAGAAGGUAGCUGAGGUGGUGGGAUCACACACGGCACAGGACUGUCAGGACAGGUACCAGCACAUGACUUCUACAUCCAACCACACAGCUGCCAACAAGGACAAGGAAGAUGCCAGCAACGCAGGGAAAGAUCCUAAGAAACCCGUGGCCCUGACUGGGAAGGCUGGCACGCUGAAGAGGAAGAGACAGCUACAAGAGUUGAUAAAACAGUACAACGAGGGGCACGAAGACGAAGCUUUUGAAGAUGGCAUCACUCCCUUCAAGAAGCAGAGGAAGAUCAGUAAGGGGCUGAUCUCCAUAGACUACAAUGCAGACGAGGACGAUGAUGUUUGUACGGACGUGUCUGCCAGACAGGCCUUCCAGACCCCGAUGAGCCGUCUGUACGGACACAGCUCUGCAGCCACCGCAGGACCCACUCCCAAGGGCUUCAGGACACCUGGCAUCAUCAGCGAGGAAAGGCAGAAGUCAAAUCUGGAUAAAUACGUCUUCAAGCAGCAAAAGGCAAAGAAAGGGAGAGGUCUGACCGCUGUUCAGAAGACACUGGGAGGUAGUCAGCAGGUGGGGAAAAAGACGAAGCUUCCCAACAUCGACUUCUCCAAGCUUCUGACGGCACAGCCUCUGGAAGACGUGGACUCAGAUGAGGGAGAUGAUUACUUCUCUGACAAUGAAGACUAACCAAGACUUAGUCCAUCAGUCUUGGGUUCUAUAAGCAUGUCGGCAGAACGUACUGCACCUGCGCGAAACCCGUAAUGUAUUGUACAUAGCAUUUCAGCAGAAUGUCUCAUAUAAGGUUGUA